CUUGACCCUUUCCAAGAGGCAUAUUUCCAUCUAAAAAUUAAACACUCGCAUAAAAUGUACAGCCACUCAUGAAAAAACUGGCAUUCACAAUUCUACUCCCACACUGGACACAUCGUAAAAGCGUUAACGCUAUCAUUUGUAAAUCAUAGCCACAUUUUUAAAUUAAGUUUGAGUUCGCAAUUACAAUUAUGGAACGACGUGUCAAAAGAACAAUUACUGCCCGACAUCCCCUUGCAACUUAUAAGCCCUCAUUCCUCGGAUGCCGGAAAAGGGUUCAUUUAACUGGCUUAAAUCGUCGGCAGAUCAAGAAAGCAAAAAUUGAGCAAAUUAAGGAAACCCUCAACGACUCACGUGACGAUGCUAUCCAAAAAGCCUGCGACACAAUAUUGGCCGAUUACCCUCUUCAAGAUAAAGAAUGGCUGGACGAAAUCGCAAGGACGUGCCAAGUUUGCAAAAGCUGGUACAGAAAAUUUGACGAUGCGUCCCGAUGUGUCAGUUUCAACCAUGGAUAUAUAAGAUGUUACCUGUGUUUCCAACCCUUCCCGUCGGUCAUCCUCCUUGUGGCUCAUUUAGAAAGUGACCACACCCCAGGAACUGACGACUAUUCCGUUUCCUGCACAUUCUGCUCAAAGUCUGUGGACUACAUGAACUUGUCCAGCCACGUGAUUGGGUUUCACUUGUCGGACAAAUGUAUCGGACGGAGGGAGAAGGAAGGACGAUAUCACACUAGAACCCAGGAGAUCAUUGAGGGAAGGUAUUAUUAUGGCUAAGAUAAGAAGGAUAAUUUUACUUUUGUUUACGAUAAAAUUUAUUUAUUUAAUUAAAUUCUAAGUAAUUUAGUAGCUAAUUACAUGUUUCUUUAUUUAUUUGGAAACGGAAAUAUCAAUAUAUAUAUAUUAUACCUACACUGUAUUUAUACAUGUCGGAAUUUAAAAUCGUGUAUUAAUCAGCCUUGUUAAUAAAAUUAUUUACUACCUUACAAAUGCAACGAUUUUAGGUGAUACUCCGUUGCAUAAUUCUGUAACCAUAGCAACAUUGAUGCUUUAUGCAUUGAUAUUAUUAACGUAGUAAUUAUUUUAAAUGGUUUAGAUCAUAGUUGAUUAGAAAAUCCGUAACAUUGCUUUAUAUGAUUAUUUAGGUAUGUACAAUGUAAAUAUUUACUCAAGUUAAAAUUUGCUUACUAUUUCUAAUACAUUCAAAAAUAUUCACGUACUACAAAGCAUUUAAUUUCUAUUAUAUUUGUGAAAAACUGAGUGGU